UCCAGUCAAUCGGCAACCGUUGAUCACGCGCGUAGUGUAAAAAAUGUUUUUCAUUCUCUGACAUUCUUAAUGCGUGGAACAUUGUUUGACGCUAUCAAAAACCGCAAAAUGUGGAUAUGAAAGCAAAUGUUCGUUGAUUGCAAAUAAAUUGGAUUCAAUUAUGCAACCAGAAUAGAAUUAUAACUAAUUAUUGUUAGAUUUGUGGACGUCGGUGUCUGACGAAAGGUUCUGAAUGAAGUAUGACCACUGGCGGCGUCAGACAUUGAUAUUUGAUAGGGCAACACUUGAACGCUGUAUUUGAGAGCUACAUAUUGCUUGCAACGAGUGGUGCCUACCUCUGGUUCCGCCACUCGGGCCUGGUGGGUUCGCAACUGGAUCCCGAAAUCGACGAUCCAAUAUCAACGGCAACUCCACAGUGUGAAUGGGCGUAGGAUGGCCACAUCGUUAGAGCAGAGACGAAAUCGGCAAGCAAGCGCUGGAAUCCGGCAGGACAUCGCAGCAGAGGCAGACCCAGAAUCGCCUGGCGGUAAAACCCUAACAGAGAAAUAAACAAAGUCGAUGGGAAUCAGACUUAGGCUCAAGCCAAGGAUGGAGAUCCUUAACGUUGUCCCCAUGUACCCUAACAGGUGCUCAGAACACAAUGCUUGAACUUGUUUGGAUUUUUUUUUUUUUCAUAAAACAAGUGGAGCUGUAUCUCUAAAAAAGCAAGGUUGUUUUCAGUGUAUUGUACCUUGGAGUGAGAUAAACAUAAAUCUGCAACCAGACACCUGAUAAGACAUCUCAGAUCGUGUAAGGAUUGGGAAGCGCCCAGGCAGCAAUCGCCGUGCAUGAGCCGAAAUUGCCUCCUUACGACUAUACAGAAACCCCCGCAGAUGAUCCACGCAUAUUUCUUGCAUGAUAUAGAAUCGAACAAUGGCCAAAGAGAAGGAACAACCGCUCGAACUGAGCUCCGUAAGCGCAUCGAAAGCCGAACCGCCAAAGCAAACCACCAGCACUGCGUCCGGAGGUGAAUCGACGAGUCUGCUGAUGCGUAGCCACAGCGAAACUGAGAUCGACGGUAGCCGACGAAGCCGCGGGCAGCAAACCCAAACCUACGAUAUUCACAAAGGGAUCGCCGAGAGUGCCAUGGACAUAUCCCUGCUCACGGCCAAUGCCAACCAGCUACGUCUGCUGAUAACUUACAAUGGGCGCUCGAAGACCUACAUCGCGUGCAUAACGUUGGUGAUCGUUUCGUUAGUGUUGCAGGUGCUGGUAGCAAGUGGGGUUAUCAUAAUUAAGAGUCAACCGAAAUCCAAACGAAGUCAGCAAAUUGAACGAUUGAAGAUUGCCACCUCAAUUGGCGUGACAGUUAUAACAGUCAUCAACAUAUUGGUGGCAUCUUUGGUGGUAACGGAUGGACCAGCAGUGACUGGAGCAUCUUAG